GCGGGGCGAGGGGCGGGCACAAGAUGGCGGCGCUCGGCGCGUGGGGCCCGGCGGCACGGCGCGGGCGGCUGUGGGGCGCGGCGCGGGCGCUGUGGGGCUGGCGGCGGCCGCAGCGGGCGCUCGGCCAGGACGCGGGGACCGCGGCCGAAAGAAAGGACGGCAAGCCUUCUUUCACGGACGAAGCGGUUCAGAAUUUACUCUACAAAAUGACGGGGCUGGACUUGCAGAAGGUGUUCAGGCCGGUGAAGCAGGAGCUGAAGCCGCCCAACUACAAGCUGCUGACGGAGGCGCAGCUGGAAGAGGCCACAAAAAAAGCUAUCAAGGAAGCUAAAGAAAAGCUGACAAUGCCCCCUGUUUUGGAUGAACGAGAGCCAAUUGAUGAUGUGUUAGCAGAAGACAAAAUCCUCGAAGGAGUUGAAACUACCAAAUAUAUAUUUACAGAUUUAACUUAUUCAAUUCCACAUCGUGAACGUUUCAUUGUAGUUAGAGAACCAAAUGGUGUAUUACGCAAAGCAACCUGGGAAGAAAGAGACCGAAUGAUACAGAUAUUCUUCCCAAAAGAAGGGCGCAGAGUUAUUCCCCCAGCAGUAUUCAAGGAUGAACACCUCGUGACUGUGUUUCAGCAAGACCGUCACGAGGAUAUCCUUAACAUGUGCAUUGCUCAGUUUGAGCCAGAUUCAGCUGACUAUAUCAGAGUUCAUCAUCGGACAUAUGAUGACAUUGAGAAACAUGCCAAAUAUGAUCUGCUCCGUUCAACAAGGCACUUCGGAGGCAUGGUUUGGUACCUAGUCAACAGAAAGAAAACAGAUGGCUUACUAAUAGAUAUGAUCCACAGAGACUUGCUAGAUGAUGCUACAAGUUUAAUCAUGCUGUAUCAUAUGCUUCAUCCGGAAUGUCAGUCAGCAAAAGAAGCUGAAGAAAGGAAGCUACAGGGAGUUGAGCUGAUCAAGGUCUUUGCGAAAACUGAAUCACAAAAAGAAGGCUAUAUACAGUUGGCCCUCCAGGCUUACGAGGAAGCAAUGGCUACUUCUACAGCUUCAUGAAAUAAACCAUAGUUCAUAAGUUUAAGCUGUUUACAAAUCUUCUCUGUACAGGAUUCCACAAUAAAUACCUUAGACAACUG